CCGGUGCAUCUUCAUCUCCCUGACGAAAGGCAAAGGCGCGGCGAGGUAAACGAGAUGGCCUGGUGGAAAGCCUGGAUUGAACAGAAGGGUGUCUCGGUGAAGAGCAGUCCCCACUUCAACCCAGACCCCGACGCAGAGACCCUCUACAAAGCUAUGAAGGGGAUCGGGACCAACGAGCAGGCCAUCAUCGAUGUGCUCACGCAGAGAAGCAACGCACAGAGGCAGCAGAUCGCCAAGUCUUUCAAGGCUCAGUUUGGCAAGGAUCUCACCGAGACGCUGAAGUCGGAGCUGAGCAGCAAUUUCGAGAGGCUCAUCAUAGCCCUCAUGUACCCUCCAUACGGAUACGAAGCCAAGGAGCUGUACGACGCCAUGAAGGGCUUAGGAACCAGAGAGGGCGUCAUCAUCGAAAUCCUGGCUUCUCGGACCAAGAACCAGCUGCGGGAGAUAAUGAAGGCGUAUGAGGAGGACUAUGGGUCCAGCCUGGAGGAAGACAUCCAAGCAGACACCAGCGGCUACCUGGAGAGGAUCCUGGUGUGCCUCCUGCAGGGCAGCAGAGAUGACUUGUGUGGCUUCGUGGACCCAGGACUGGCCCUGCAAGAUGCACAGGAUCUAUACACAGCGGGUGAGAAGAUUUGUGGGACUGAUGAGAUGAAAUUCAUCACCAUCCUGUGCACGCGCAGUGCCACACACCUGAUGAGAGUGUUUGAGGAAUAUGAGAAAAUCGCCAGCAAGAGCAUUGAGGACAGCAUCAAGAGUGAGACCCACGGCUCACUGGAGGAGGCCAUGCUCACAGUGGUGAAAUGCACCCGGAACCUCCACAGCUACUUUGCAGAGCGCCUUUACUAUGCUAUGAAGGGAGCAGGAACUCACGAUGGGACCCUGAUAAGAAACAUCGUUUCGAGGAGUGAGAUUGACUUAAAUUUCAUCAAAUGUCAGUUCAAGGAGAUGUACGGCAAGACCCUCAGCAGCAUGAUCAUGGAAGACACAAGCAGCGACUACAAGAAUGCCCUGCUGAACCUGGUGGGCAGUGACCCCUGAAGGCUCAGAAGGACAAGAGCAAAGGCCAAGAAGGUGGAGCCACUGGGUCCUGCUUGCUCAACCUUGGCCAUGGAUGGGGAUGGGGGUGGGGGGAGCCACAGCACAGCUUUCAGUCCUCUAUCUCCCAGCUUCCAGUGCUUUCCAGCCACUUUCUCUGACCCAGAAGUAAGGAUCAGCCUGGGGCUCCUACUUCCACUGUCUUCCCAAGUCAUUUUCAGGUGUGAGCACAUUGCCAACCUUAGCAUAUAUCUGAUCUGACAAAUAACCUCAGCAUGAAGGGGUCUACAGGGGCUCGUGAUGAUUUCUUUCUCCCUACACAGGAGCUUCCCAAGCCUGACUGGUCACAGAGUCCCCUAGGCUCUCAGCCCACUCCCAACUACUAAUCUGAGAUCUGCAGAGAAUAGACCAGACAAUAUGGAAUUUUAAUAAGUGUCUCAGCUGAUAUGCUUCUCUUUCAGGCAACCAGAGA